UUCUCUGAGGAGGGAUACCGUCUGGUUGUGGAUGGAUACAGGGGCAGAAUGUACCAUCAUGACAUCAUCUGUGUUGAGCAGGAAACAGCUACUGUCACCGCCCUCAAGCCGGGUCAUGCGACACUAACAGUUGCACACAACAGUAUCCGACGCAACUGUGUUUUUCAUUGAAACAUUGUGUUGUAGGGCAUAUGAGUAUAUUGUUAUGGCUCCAAGCUCAAAUGUGACUCAGAUCUGCCCCCUGAAAUAAUGUCCCAACUCCCUUGCACUUCUGUGUAUGUGGUGAAGCCCAGCUAUAUGACAGUGAGUGUUGAGGAGGAAGAGGACAGAUGGGUGUUGGAGACAGGGCGGCAGUAUUAUUUGACUGUUCGUAUCCAUGACAGCAAGGGCCAUGUGGUUCACCUGUCACAGAAUGUGGUGAUUGUUGUGGAGGAGACUGAGGGGUUAGUGACACUCGAGUCUUCAUCUGAUCCAUCCUGCCAUCUCUUGCAGACCAUCAUGAAAGGAAAGACUUUAAUACAGGCCUCACUUUAUAGCAUCUUCUCCAAGGGUGGUGAAGAGUGGCCUGUCAUCCCACCAAUCAGAGUGCGACAGGAAGUCAAAAUCUACAACCCCCUUACCCUGCAGCCCUCUGUGAUUGUGUUUCCAUGGCAACCCCACAAUAAGCUGUAUCAACACAAUAUUCAGGUGGAGGGAGGAAGUGGCUCUGUGAAAUGGGAAGUGUCUGAUAGUGAAAUUGCCACAGUUACAGUAAAAGGGGUGGUCCUAGCAGGAAAGAGGAGGGGCCAGGCUGAAAUUCUGGUUUCAGAUUCCAAAAACAUCCUACAUAAAGUAGUCGGGAAGGUGAUGGUUGUGAGGCCUGGCCGGUUGCAGCUGAUUCCUCAGAGGGGCGAUUGUCAUGUGGGGGACAGGAUAGACAUUCCCUUGGCUCUUUGGGGCAUUCAGGACCCACCAAACAUUUGCUCUCAGACACAUUAUGUCUUUGAUGCACAUUCAUACACUCACAGAACACCAGUACAAAUUCUCAGGCAAACUUCUUCUCCAAUACACACAAUCCUCAGUGUGGAGAGCCCUUACUGGAGGACACAAAUCUUGUAGCAGUCACAGACUGCUCUCAGCUCUCUCUACACGUCCACACUGAACCUUCCGGCAUCUUUACACGCAUAUCAGGUGCAGCAUCUUCGCCCCCUCUCCAUCUCUACAAUUGCACAUAGUUCAUCCAUUCACACUCUACUGAUUCCUUCAAUAUUAUCUUGCUCUGAUGGCCCUUUCAUUCACCCUCCUGCUCUAAUUGUUUACCUAGGGGCAUAUCGAACAUGAGGAAUAAGUGAUAUACUCCCAGUCACACACAGAGACCCCCUCCCAGCUUACUUUUUCUUUUUGUCUCCCAUCCCCCCCUCCCUAUUUAGGACUUCCUCUCCACUGCACGCACAAAUUAAAAUAGGAUUAAUUAGUUCAUUUCUCUUGGUUUAAUUUAAAGCACUAGGAAAAUCAAUACGUGCUCUCUCCGUGUAAUCCGGUUAGUACAUUAGCCCGUAAACAUCAAGUUGAUGGAGUGUAUGCAUCUUUGUGUUUGACACAGGAUUUAUGUACAGAUAACUUGCACAGCUGUCCAGCACGUGAAGCCAAUACUUGGAUUGUGGAAAUGUGAA